ACGUAUUUCAGAUGCCACUUGAUGUCAACCGGGCAAAUGGAUGAAGAUGGACGAGGUGGACCUGGAGGAGGAUGUCCUGGUUGUGGUGGCCCAGGAGGCCUCUGAAAUAGUGGACAUUUUAUGUAGGGAGAAGAAUAAUGUCCUACAGCAGAUUUAUGAACUGGUGGAUGCUAGGACUCGGAAAAGACUUCAGAGCCUGCCCACUCUCAGGGAUUCUGUCUCAGGCCUUGUGGAUUACUUCAAGACCUCAGACCGAAAUAAAUGCUGUCAGUUCCUUAACACAAUGUGGAUGUUCUGUGAGAUGAUUCCUCUAGAACUUGAGAUAAAGAUGUUAUCUACAGUAGGAACCUCAACUGGGGCAGUUUUACACCACAGCCAUCUGCCUGACAAUGAAAACUCCCAUCAAUCACAUUAUGCAAAACGACCAUGUCUAGACCAGGUGCAGAGUUACACAAAUGCUGUAAAAAGUUUUCUACAAAAGAAAUUUGAGAGAUUAACAAAGGAUAUGCGGAGGAAGAUUUGGCUAGACAAGACAUGGCUGUGUUGGAAGCCACAAAAAUCUGUCCGGGUACGAGAAAGAACCACUAAGAAUAAGGACAGGGAAGAGUCCUUACAAGAAAAUAAGGAGCCAGUUGAGUCCCUUUUGAAGAAUACUGGCAGAGUGAUCAUUUUGUCAGGUCAGGCUGGUUCUGGUAAGACCUUGUUGAUGCACUGCCUGGGCCACCACUGGGCUCAGGGCGCUUACAAUUCCAUUGAACUACUUUUCCUGCUGGAGUUCCGCCAGCUUAACCUUGUUACACAGCCCCUGUCACUAAAAGAGCUAUUGUUUCGCUUCUUCCUUCCCCCAAAUGAAGAUGAUGAGCAAAGUGAGGCAGUUUUAAGUUUCAUCCAAUCCAACCCUGAGAAAAUUUGUUUUAUAUUUGAUGGAUAUGAUGAGUUUGGGGCAAAACUAACAAAUCCAGAGAAACUUGUCAACUCAAUAGAUCCUGACCAACAGCUGCCUAUGGUGGAUCUUCUCUCUGCACUCUGUAGCUGUAAAAUCCUGCCCAAAUGCACUGUUCUGGUCACCUGCAGGCCACGGGAUGUGUUUGACCUGUUUGAGAAUUCUGAAUACAUUGUUGCAGAGCUACUUGGGUUUAAUGAGCAACGUGUAAAGGAGUACACUGAAGAGUACUUUCAGGAAAAAGAAAGUACAUUUAAAGAAAGAGCAGUGAGUUUGCUAAUGGACAGCCAUCAUCUGCUUUCCAUGUCCUAUGUUCCAGGAUUAUGCCAUGUUUGUUGUGUCUGCUUAGAUCACUUACUUUCAAAUGAUAUGGCUAUGCAACCUGAGACUCAGCUUCCGACUUCCUUGACCCAAAUCUACCUUCACAUACUAUCUGCUUUUCUCAGUCGGUGCCAGCCCUGUGAAACCUCCAACACUGCAAUUCCACUAUUACAGAUGUACAGGGUUCAGAUUGCUCAGCUUAGCAAGCUUGCAAUGGACGGCCUGGAGAAAAGCUGCAUAGUGUUCUCAGCACAGGAACUGUCCCCAGAGCUUAUAAACUUUGCUGCCAAUGCUGGUAUUCUGUCCCGUCUUGAUCUUAUAUGUGCAGAUGGAUCACGAAGUCUAGGUUGUGCCUUUACACACCUAACAAUGCAAGAGUUUAUGGCAGCUUUGCACCUUAUGACGAGCCCCAACAUUUCAGAGUCACAACUCAAGGGGAAGUUAAACCUGAAAAGCCGCUGGACCGCCAAGACAGAUCCCAAAACUGUGUUUACAGACUCCCUUCAUCUGUUUCUAUGUGGACUGGCUGCUAAAGCGUGCACUUCGCAUCUCACUCUGCUGGAAGUCAGUAUGGAUUUAGUGCGAAUACGACAAAACACAGUUCUUAAGUUUCUGCAAAGCUUUGUGUUUAGUGGUCGUCAGACAGGUCCAAAAAUUGUUGAGCUGUGCCGUUGUGCACAUGAAACACAAGAUGUGAGUUUGGCCAAGGCUGUUGGGUCAAGGGAGCGCUUUGAACUGAGGAAUAUCAGACUCAAUCCUGUUGACAUGGAUGCCUUGGCAUUCGUAACUUCUGCUGCAAAUCAGAGAGCCUGCCUGGAUUUUGGUGCCUGUUCCAUUGAAGAAGAGGUUUUGAACAUCAUUCCCAAUUGCAAAAACCUGGAACAUCUCAUUUUCCGUGGCCGGAAAUAUGAUGACAAGUUCACAGAGGCUUUGUCUUGUAUCUUACCAAAACUCCAAAGCUUAAAGCAGUUAGACUUCAUCAGUGGAGCCCUAACUGAUGCUGGAGCUGCCAAACUUUUCCAGGCUUUAAAGUUCUGCUCCCAAAUCACACACCUUGAUGUGAGUGAUAACUCCCUGAGAGAUGGAAGUGUUGGAAGGAUAACAGAUUUGCUCUCUGAACUGACCAGCAUUACAACAGUCAAGCUGGGAAAAAACAAUAUUUCCAAGAAAGGAAUUUUUAUGCUUGUUGAAAGAAUGGCUGCCAUCUCAAACUUUAAGAAACUCCAUAUCAAUGGAAAACAAGAAAUGAAUGUUCUGUUGUGCUCAGAGGCACACACACCAAAUGGAGGCACAGUUGUAUCUGAGACUGCUGAAGACUCAAAAGAAAUAAUCUUGGAGGACUACAAUCUGAAAUUAACCAAUUUGAACAGUCUGUGCAGUUCGCUCAGAGACUACACCUGCUUGACUGUUUUAAAGUUGUCCAGCAACUCGCUGGGUAACAAAGGUCUGAAGAAACUACUUGAACUUCUCCCUACGCUUGGUCUAAUUCAAGAAAUCAAUGUCAGUGACAAUGGAGUGGAUAUGGAUGGGCUAGUGCUUCUCUCAUCUUCUGUAAACAAUCUGCAAGACCUGAUAGAAAUAGACGCAAGCCACAAUGGACAAAAGAAGCUGAUCUUGAAGUUUAAGAGUGAUGGAAGAGAUUCAAACUCUGAUGGAUCUGAUUUUCAAGUUCACAAGAAAUUCAGCUUAACUUAUAGCGAUGUCCAACCAAAGGACAUGAAUCAGCUGUGUAAAAAUUUGAUUCAAUGCCCAAAUCAGCUAGAAAUUGAUUUCUCUAACGGGGCUUUAAAGUAUGAGUCUAUUGAAAAGCUGCUGAGUUUCCUUCCAGACACAAAGUCACUCAUGCUCCUGAAUCUGAGUGAUAUCCAGAUGUCUACAGAUUGUGCUGUAUUAUUAGUACAAUCCCUUGUUGAUUGCCACCGCGCUACAAGAGUGGAACUCAGACCGCAAGGAAAAUCAUUCAUCAAGUUUCUUCAAGUCAAGGCAGAAGCAGCAGCUUGCAAACUCACUCAGUAUAACCUGAGCAGUGCCAAUGUGGCUAAGAUUUGUGACAUUCUGCAGCACUAUCCCCACCUUGCAGAUUUGGAUUUAUCCAGUAACGUCCUUGGCAAUGAGGGUGUGAAGAUCUUUGCUGAUUUACUGCCCAGCCUUCAGAUCUCUAGCUCAGUAAGUCUCAAUGACAACAAUAUUACUGAAAUUGGAGCACUGUAUCUGGUGAACUUAAUAAACACGUGUGAACGGGUGGCUGCCGUGGAAGUGAGUCUUGGAGAGGAGAAAAAAACGUUGGUUUGCUUUAAGCAAGAGAAUGUGAUGAGCAAAAGUCUUUGUCUGAGACAUUGCUGUUUUGAGACGAUCCAUUUCACAAAGCUCACAGAAAUACUUACCAGUUGCCCCAGACAAGUUACACUAGAGUUGUCCUCUAGCACUUUGCCUAGUGAAAGUCUGUACCAUCUACUGACCAACUUAGCUAGACUGACCUCCAUACAAACUAUAGUGCUAAGAAACAACACUUUGAAUGCUGAGACAGUUAAACAUCUGGUUAAACAUCUACAUAGUGAUCAUGGUACUAGAUCACUUAAAAUUGAAGAGCCAUGGAUAAAAGCUGAAGCUGCUGUUACCCUUGUCACUAGCUGCCUGGACCUGAAUCCACACAUAAAGGAGAUUAGGGUUGAAAAAGCCUGUUUGACCCUUUCUGUUGAAAGGCUCACCUCCUCCAGCAAUGUUCCUCUGUCUGCUGUGCACUCCAUAAGGUUUGAUGACUGUGAAGUGGAGGGGCAACACCUGUCCUCUCUACAGUCCACUGUUCAGAAGUGUUCCUCUCUGCAGGAGUUACAUUUCUUGCAGCUAACAAUGGACACAGGUGGAGCAGAGUUUCUCACAGAAGUUCUUCCCUCAUUACAGAAUCUCAAGACUCUGAGUCUUAGUUCCAAAGCAGAAACAGGAGAUGAAGCAGUGCUAUUUUCAUUACAGCACACACAACGUCAGCUGGAAAGACUCAGUCUGUCCCAUCAUGUCAUCAGAGACAGUGGUGCUGCAGCACUGAGAAAUGCCCUUCAGAGUUUGACACAUAUGCGAUCACUGAAUCUCUUGCAGUGCUCUGGUUGGACAGCAGCUGGAGGGCAUGAGUUGGUCCGUGGUUUGGUUCACUGUCUUUCUCUGGAGGAAAUCCAGUUGGAUUCUGUAGUACUGGAUGAAGGAAGUACAGCCUGUUUGGCCCAAGGUUUUCAUUGUAUGACUUCACUUAAGAAAAUCAGUCUGAAUAAGAUCGUGUUAAUGGAAGGCAAUGGGGUUGUGCGUCUGCUGGCUGGUCUGAGUAAACUUUCGGCACUGGAGGAGUUAGAAUUGGAGGAGAUGAGAAUGGGUGAUUGUGGGAUUGAGGAGCUUGUGAAGUACAUUCCUAACUGGACUAACCUGAGUAAAGUAAAUCUGUCAGGAAACAUGGUGAGUGACCAUGCUGGAGAGAGUCUGAUGAUGGCGUUGUCCAAUUGCAAAGCGCUACAACAGCUGAAUCUGUCCAGGAACAACCUCAGCAAUGGAUUUGCGUUUAGACUGGGGCAGGUUCUGCCAUCCUUGUCCCAGCUCUCUGAACUGAAUCUGUCUGAAAACAGUCUGGGUUCAGACGGGUGCUCAAGUCUCUCUGAAGUUCUGGUCAGCAUGAAGGCACUUAAAAAGCUACACUUAACAUCUGUUGGAACUUCAGACCUGGCCCCUGUUGCUUCGUCUCUCAAACACUGCACCUCAGUAGAGGACAUCAGCUUGUCAUGGAACAAGUGUGGAAAUGAUGUGGUGCUGAAACUGGUGGAGGUUCUGCCACAUUGCAAUAAACUAAAAAGACUUGAUCUGGAGGCCAAUAAUAUUAACACAACAGGAGCCAAGACGCUUGCUGAGUGUUUAAAGUCAUGCCCCUGGAUCCAAGUAAUCAGGCUUUGGAGGAAUCCUAUUAAAAAGGAUGAAGAGAUAUUAAAGGAUCAGAGAUUAAAUUUCUCAUCAACCUAAUCUAAUGCAAAAUUAGAUACUCGACAUAUGUUUUUUUUUUUAUUUCAUGUGUGUUUUUCUGAAUUUUAUUGUCAUGUGGAGGUUUUUUUGUUUACAUUCAUUUGGAGAACACAUUACCUCACUUGAACAAACAGCAUAACUAUUCCAAACAGCAGCUUUUCUAGGUGUCUGGGAUGUAAAUGUUCAUGGAAGUAAUGCAUUACAAUUCAUUUUAACAACUACCAAGCCAGGCCUGCAUGUUCAAAAACAGAAUAAUGAUCAGUAUUGUACUUUAUAUUGCACCUUAUCUCUUUUGAGAGCACCUUAUUUGCUAACCAUGACAAGACUCUACUUAACUGAAGAAAUGCAGAUAUAAUAAGUCUUGAGUAUAUUAUUAAGACACUGUAGACUUAUGAAACUCUGCACAAGGGCUGUUUUACUAAUUCUAAAAAACUUGGGAUGGCAGGUAAAAUGCAACAAAUAACCUUAGUUUCUGUAAAUGUAUGUGAAUUCUUAAUUUAUUGCCUACAUGAAUGAUGGGACAUGAGCAAAAGUCAGUUAAGAGUCUACAACACAAACUGGAGGCCAUAUAUCAAUUUCUCUGGACUCUGGCUUAUCUGAGAAGGAAUAACACAAUGCAGAUACAUGUGCUGUGGGCUGAUGAGGCCACCAUAAUUUUUAAAAGUCAGGAUCUGUCAUUGUAUGGGAGUAUAUUAGAAUCAAUGGCAUGAAUAACUUCUGUAACACAUCUGUAAAGGCAGAAUUAAUCCUGAGGAGCAUCCUAUGCAUUUUGAAGCAACAUAUGCUAACAUAUAGAUAACAUCUGUUUUAGGGAAGUCCCUGUUUGCUUUAGCAAGGCAAUGCCAAGCCAUAUUCUGCACGUUAUAACAGUGUGUCUUUAUAGUAAUAUAAUGUGCAUGCCAGGCUGGCCUAUCUAACACUAGCAGAUCCCAGACUGUUGAGCAGCUGAGCUGUUAUGAUAAGCAAGAAUAGGACAAAAAUCCACUAUUAUGAUUGAUAGCCUCAGUUUUCUAAUGAUCAUAUUAUGAUAUUAAAAGAAACAACAUGUAACAUGCUCCUGUCCCAGUUUUCUUGAAGAGUGUUGCUAACAUCAGAUUUAGAAUGACCGUAUAUACAGACAAAAUGUUAAAUGUUGUGUCUUUGUAUUGUUAAAGAUUUGCAAAUUAUUUCUGUUUGUUUCAAUUUACAUUCAUCCCAACUGUCCCAACAUUUUUUGGAACUGGGGUUUGGAACUUUCAGUGUUCCUGAUCCAUUCACAUAUUUGCAAGAGAAAAGUGAACAUGCAGACUGACUGUAGGAGUUGUGGCCUAAGUUUUAUUUAAAUUUUAAGAGGGCACAUUUCUCAUACAUUUUAAACCAUAUAAUUUCGCCUAUGACCAGAUCAUUCCGACAUUCUUCCAUGAACCAGUCCUAGACAUCUUCUUCUUGUGUUCUCCUGGACAUAUCUUAUUUAUUUCUGAAUAUGAUCAGUUUGAUUUAAGUGUUGUGUGCAUUCAAAUUUCUUAAGAUUGUUUAUUCUGAACUGAGGGAACUUUACCAAACACUGUUAAUGCAGUAUGCUACUGGUUCUGGUACUUGUAGGAAGGUUAGAAUGAAUUUAUGGGGGUUGUGAGUACACUGUACACUGACACUGUCCCUAAUGGCACCUUAAAUAUUUCAGGGCUAAAGCUUUAAUGUACAAGCAUGUGUGAAAACCCAUGACUAUAUUAUCAACCCUACCAGUAGGUGAAGUUAAAUGUGUUGCAUUUCUGUUACAGGGUUAAAAUUUAAAUUAAAAAAUACAAUGUGUCCAAAGGUAUGUGGAAACUAAUUACUGAAUUCAGGUGUUUUAUCCACACCUAUGAUAGCAUGUGUCAAACAUCAAUUCUCACUCACUUUCUUAACCGCUUAUCCAAUUAGGGUCAUGUUGCUGGAGCCUAUCCCAGCUUUUCAAUGGGUGCAAGGCACAGUAACACCCUGGAAGGGGCGCCAGUCCAUUGCAGGGCAGACACACAUACACACACAUACACACACCCAUUUACCUAUAGGGCAAUUGUAAAUUGCACAAAAGUGUCUCCAAUUAACCUGACUGCAUGUUUUUGGACUCUGGGAGGAAACCUGAGCACCCAGAGGAAACCCAGGCAGACACGGGGAGAACAAACUCUGCACAGAAAGGACCCACCGAGCCACAUACUAAUAUUGAUAUAAUUGCACUAUUAAUUUUCAUGGGUUUGAAAUAGAAUGUUCAAAAAAUUCAAUGUGUCCACAUACUUUUGGCUGUAUAGUGAGACUUGCAUAAGUUGUAUGUAUUUACAUUUGCACAGAAAUAAUAAAGAUUGUUUUUCUCA